AUGGACGAGGCUAACCAAGAGAAGACAUCUUUUGUCACCAGUCAAGGCUUAUUCUGCUAUAAGGUGAUGCCGUUUGGUUUAAAGAACGCAGGGGCGACAUAUCAGAGGUUGGUCAACCACAUGUUUCGUCCGCAGAUUAGGCGGAAUGUGGAAGUCUAUGUAGAUGACAUGCUGGUGAAAAGUCAAGACAAAGGAAGACAUCUAGACGACCUGCAGGAGACAUUUGAGACAUUGAGGUAUCAACCAAGGCAUGCCAUAAAAGCUCAAGCCCUAGCAGAUUUUAUUGCGGAGUUCACCCCAAGUCAUAAUGAGACAGAAGACAGUAAGAGGUGGAUCAUCCACGUGGAUGGUUCGUCUACACGGCAUGUAGGAGGAAUUGGUGUGGUCCUGCAAUCCCCAGAGGGAGAUAAACUGAAACAUAAAGUCCGUCUACAGUACCAAGCGACAAACAAUGAAGUCGAAUAUGAAGCCCUCCUCAAAGGGCUAGAAUUAGCAAAGUCCGUGGAAGCCAAGUCCAUAUGUGUCAUGGGGGAUUCCCAACUGAUCAUGGGGCAAGUGAAUGGGACGUAUGAAGCGAAGGAAGAACGAAUGAAGAAAUAA